AUGGCGUCCUUCGACUUGAGUCCAUACACAAUCAUAAUAACAACAUUCACACUACUCCUAUUACAGAAACUUAUUUCAGUAAUAAGCAAACCCACAAUCCAAUCCCUAGUAUGGAACAUCUACUCAUCAUCACCGUUGCUAGCCCAAUCAAAGUCAAUCAAACAAUACGCUGCAAAACAACACGAAAUACGAACAUUGACUCACGAGCAAAGAUUAAUUAGUGCCCAGGACGAGUAUGCCAGGUGGACAAAGUUGAAUCGUAAAUUGGAUAAGUUGAAAGUGGAAUUACAAGAAUUGAAUGAGAGCUUGGGUUCUGAAAAGGCCAGGGUCAACUCUUUGACCAAUUCCUUGAUUUGGAUAAGUACAGUACUACCAAUUUGGGUUAUGAGGUUUUUGUUUAGAAAAACACAGUUGUUUUACAUACGUGCUGGUAUUUUACCACAUUAUCUUGAAUGGUGGUUGGCUUUACCCUUUUCUCAAACUGGUGCCAUUGGAUUGACGUGUUGGAUGUUUGCCGUAAACUAUGUCUUAAGCGAGAUAUUCUUUGUCGUUAGCUUCCCAUUCCAGAAUAAAGUUGCUAAACCUGAAAAGCCAAUCAAGGGUGAAGGACAAGACGAAAAUUGA